AUGUCUAAGCUGAAAAGUAUCUGGAAACCCACUAGUACCUUCCAUGGUAUUGACCUUGGGAAUCACUUUGAUCUCAUUAAUUUCAAUGAAGCAUUAGAUCUUAACAAAGUCCUCUCUGAUGGUCCCUGGUUCUUGGGAAGCAAUUUCCUCUCAGUUCGAAGAUGGGAGCCAGAUUUUCAACCAACCAAGGCCAGUCUAUCUACCACCAUAGUUUGGGCUAGACAUCACAGUCUUCCAAUUGAAUACUAUGAUCAUUUUAUUCUCCGAAAAAUUGGGAAUACUCUUGGUAAGCUCCAUAAAAUGGACAUCCAUACAGUCAAUGGAGAUCGGGGUCGUUUUGCGCGUUUGUGCAUCCAAAUUGAUCUAGCCAAGCCCUUAAUAGCUAAGAUCACAGUGAGAUCCAGUUUAGUAAAGGUAGCCUAUGAAGGUCUGAGCUCUGUUUGCUUCCAUUGUGGUCUGAUUGGUCACAGAGUAGGGGAGUGCCAGAAUACUGCCAAUAAGAAUACUACAGUGGAGAACCAAGCAAAUACUCCUCCAGCAGAUGGUGAGCCUUUUGGCCCUUGGAUGUUAGUUCAGAAACGCCCCAAGAGCUCUAAGAAGCCGGACCCGGCAAGCCACUCCAACGUUCAACCACGGAAGGUCUGGGUGAAGAAGACUGAAAUUCAAAUUUUGGCGCCUAAUGGUCAGCCACAACCUCUCACUUCGUUGACCCCUUCCUCUGCCACCUUAAUUGUUGAUAGUGACCCCACAGUACUUGGGGUGUCCCUGAGCAACCCUUUUGCUUGCCUCAGUGAUAGCCCUGUCACCUCGUUACAUCCUCCUAGUCUUUCUAACACUGAUUUAGGCCCCUGUCCUUUGUUGAACCCAUCUCCCGAUAUUUCCCAGUCUGCAAAUAAUUUCUCUGACCCUGGGGAUUCUUCUACACUGUCUACGCUAUUUUGUGUUACCACUAACCCACAUCCUCUAGCCACUGUUUCUACAACUUCGUCAACCCCUCAACCUCCUCAGAAAAAACCAAGCUUUAGAACCCCAUCCUCCCCCCAUUCUCUACCAAACCAUGCCACGCCAAAAUCCCCGAUUUCCCCACACCAACUCUCGCAACACCUCCAUCCAUCCACACAGACCAGUGGCAGACCCAACUCUCCCAGAACCAGCUCUCCAUUUUCGUCUGAACAGUGUGGUAGGGUAGAACCAGCAAGGUUGGUUCUAGAAGACCUCGAAUGGUCACUCUAG